AUGGAUUGUGUGAUCUUUGGUUAUAUUAGCUUAGAUGUCAUGGACGUGGAAAAUGUAAAACUUGUUGAUGGACUGAUUUUUGGUUAUCUUGGUAGGCGACAGUAUCAUGAGACCUUACGAGCUUUCUGCAAUGAGGCGCCGUCACUUCGUGAUAAUCGUCAUCGUUUCGAAAAUGCUGGUGACGUCUUUAUACAAGUCAACGAUCAGUUACAUGACAAAAAUCUCGAACAAAUUGUCAAUAAGGCUUUUGCUCGGUUGUUGCGGUCGUUUCGCAUCAUUUCGACCAAGAGCUGUCGACUUUGGAAUCGUACUUGCGAGACCUUACGAAGUGGAAUUUUCGACGAUAACCGCAACGUGAGAGGGCGUACCGCCUCUCAAAAUGGUGACCAAACUGUGUAUCAAACUGCAAACACUCACACAAGCCAACCACAACAAACAGUCAGCCAGCAAGAUUACGCUUUUGACUACCAUCCUCAGCCGCAUGCCUCCACAUAUAUAGUGCCGAACUCUACAUCGUAUGCUCCCGUCCAAGUGCUCUCGCAAGAUAACACUGUUACCUCUGCUCAGGACAUGCCUGCGAACAAUACGAUUUCCUACCUAACCAGUGAUCAAGCAAUGCCUGCUACACAACCGCCCACGACUUGUGAACAGCCAAUGCUGAUCGACUAUGGUGUUAGCGUUAAGGACAGCCAUUCCGACGUGAACUCAUCGCAGUGCCCCAGGUUAAUGUGCUUUUCACCUUCAUCAAGUCACCCCUAA